AUGGUUUGGAUCCGAGCCAUGUGCUUCAGCCCAGACAGCACACUGACUGCUCAGACUCAGGCUCUCAGAUGGGCAGAGUCCGUUACCUUUUACACAGACCCAUACUCUGAUGAAGUGCUUUGGGAGGUUUUGCUUGCAGGAACGUGUACCCCUAAGUGCAGUAAAGAGAAACAAAGGAGGAAGCAGAUUGCAGAUGCGGAGGAGAACUGUAUAAAAAGCAUGGUGUCCACCAGAGAUUUCCAUCUGUUGUCAGUGCACAAUGCUUCAGAUUACCUUAUGCUCAUUGUGUGCUUAAGGACAGAGCAGGAUGAUGGCAAGGCUUCACAGAUGCUUAACACCGAAGACAUUACUGGACUACUGGACUUUCUAAGCCUGUUUAGAAUUCCUAUUCGGCGCUACCUGCGAGGUGGCUGCCAUCUCCUUUGCGGCAUCACGGCUGCCCUCCGGCCUCUGGUGAAGCCCAAGAUCGUCAAAAAGAGGACCAAGAAGUUCAUCCGGCACCAGUCAGACCGAUAUGUCAAGAUUAAUCGAAACUGGCGGAAACCCAGGGGUAUUGAUAACAGGGUAAGGAGAAGAUUCAAGGGCCAGAUCCUGAUGCCCAACAUUGGUUAUGGGAGCAACAAGAAAACCAAGCACAUGCUGCCUAGUGGCUUCCGGAAGUUUCUGGUCCACAACGUCAAGGAGCUGGAGGUGCUGCUGAUGUGCAACAAGUCUUACUGUGCUGAGAUUGCUCACAAUGUUUCCUCCAAGAACCGAAAAGCCAUCGUGGAAAGAGCAGCGCAGCUGGCCAUCAGAGUCACCAAUCCCAAUGCUAGGCUGCGCAGCGAAGAGAAUGAGUAGAUGGCUUGCGUGCAC